AUGUUUCCCGUCCUCCUCCUCAUCGCGGCCGCGAUAGGCGCGCUGCUCCUCUACCUCUACCGGGCCGAGUCCCGCCUGCUCCUCCCCUGGGUCCCGGACGCCUCGGCACGGCUCUUCGCACAGCGACCACUGCCGCCACCGCUCGACGACACCUUCCUGUCCUCGCCAACCUACACCCUACCAUUGCGCACGCGGGGGCGCGACGUGGUCGACGCGCGCGGGCGGCGCUUCAAGCUGUCGAGCGUCAACUGGUACGGCGCGUCGGACGAGCUGUUCGUGCCGGGGGGGCUCGACGUCAAGCACCGCGACGAGAUCGCCCGCAUCGUGCGCGCCAUGGGCUUCAACUCGGUCCGCCUCCCCUACGCCGACGAGCUCGUCCUGCGCAACCCCGUCGUGCCGCCCCACCUGCUCGCCGCCAACCCGGACCUCGCCGGCCGCCGCGCCAUGGAUGUGUUGGAGGCUGUCGUGGACGCGCUCACGCGCGCGGGCAUCGCCGUGAUUGUGAACAACCACAUCACGAGCGCGACCUGGUGCUGCGGGGCGGACCCCUGCGACGCCGGCUGGGCCAACGACCACCUGCCGGCGGUGCUGUGCCGGGUGCGGCAGACGGAGGACGAGUGGAUCGAGCACUGGGAGGAGGUGAUGCGGCGGUUCGUCGGCAACCCGCUGGUGGUGGGCGCCGACCUGCGCAACGAGGUGCGCGGCGUGUGGGGCACCAUGACGUGGGACCGCUGGGCGACGGCCGCCGAGCGCGCGGGCAACCGCCUGCUGGCCAUGAACCCGGACUGGCUGAUCAUCGUGGGCGGUACCGAGUCGCAGAACGACCUCACGGGCGUCGCGCGCCGGCCCGUGGUGCUCGACCUGCCCGAUCGCGUCGUCUACUCGGCCCACGUCUACUCGUGGAGCGGCUGGGGCAGCAUCGGCGGCCGCUACGCCCAGCGCACCUACGCCAGCUUCGUCCAGUCCAUGCGCAAGAACUGGGCCUACCUGGUCGAGGGCGACAUCGCGCCCGUGUGGGUGGGCGAGUUCGGCGCCCCCGCCACCCCCGGCCAGGGCGAUGCCAACUACUGGCGGAAUUUGAUGCGUUACCUCAAGGCGAUCGAUGCCGACUUUGGCUACUGGGCUAUCAACCCGCGCAAGCCCAAGGACGACGAGAAGGAGUCGUACUCGCUUGUCGAGGAUGACUGGGCCACGCCCGUGCUGGACUACAGGAUGAAGGAUAUGACGGAGCUGAUACGGGCCGGGGCCGAAGAGGGGGGAAGUGAAGGGGAGAGGUAG